UGGUGCGUCCCGGAAGUGCCCCUCCUCCCAGUGGCAUGGCCACGUGGUCACGUGACGCCCGGGUUCCAGCUCACGGAACUCCAGUCGGAGCCAACAUGGCGCUUACCGCCGCCGCCUCGGCCAUGACGAGAUCCGGCCUCCUCGAGGUCUAUGUCCGCGACCGAUGGUGCCGAGUCCUGGUCUCUUUGGAGGAGGAGACCCUCACCAUCAGCCUGGAGGACUCCUCGGUGGGCGGCGGAGACCAGAACGGCGACGCCAUCCGCAAUUCUGAGUUCGAUCACGACCAGCUGCCCGAGUCCAUCGCGAACCACAAGCGUGUGGUGAAGGUGAUCAAACAGGACGUCGGCGGCCUCGGCAUCUCCAUCAAGGGAGGGAAGGAGAACAAGAUGCCCAUCCUCAUCUCCAAGAUCUUCAAGGGGUUGGCGGCCGACCAGACGGAGAGCCUGUACGUCGGGGAUGCCAUCCUGUCCGUGAACGGGGAGGACUUGCGGGACGCCACGCACGAUGAGGCCGUACGCGCCCUGAAGAGGGCCGGCAAGGAGGUCGUUUUGGAAGUAAAGUAUCUUCGUGAAGUGACGCCAUACUUCAGACGCAGCACUGUCAUCGGAGAGGUCGGCUGGGAGAAUGCGUCGCCGUACGUCAUCAAAGAGCCUGGGGCCGACAACAAGGCCUCCACGAACAAUUUCACAGAGAUGAAAACCAUCCCGCUGAAGAUGUGCUACGUCACGCGCAACCUGACCAUGCCCGACCCGGAGCAGCGCACGUUCGAGCUCCACUCGCCGGACGGACGCAGCUCGUGCAUCCUGAGGUGCCAGGACGCCAGCAGCGCCAGCCAGUGGUUCGCAGCGAUACACGCCAAUACCUCAAUGCUCACUGCGUCCGCCAUGGCGGAGGCCAACAGCAAGCUCGUGAGCGGGAGAGGGUCGGCCGGGGACAGGGAGAUUAAACACAUGGGCUGGCUUUGUGAACAGGCCCAUGGUGAGGGUGGCAGUUCCAGCUGGAAACCUGUGUUUGCUGCCCUGACUCCGACAGACCUGUUGCUGUACGACACUGUUCCAUGGAGCAGGGAGGAAUGGGCCGUUCCUGUUCAGAGCCAUCCGCUAUUGGCAACAAGGUGCUCUGCGUAUUUUGACUCCAGGGUUGGCCACACGGGAACCACACCCUCACGAUCGCCGAGCGGCGGAGCUUCGGGGAGAGAUCUGGCUUUCGGAACAAGAACGGGAUCCAGACAAGGCAUCGAGGCCCACCUGUUCAGAGUGGAGACGCAGCGAGACCUGGCGGCCUGGACCAGGCUGAUCGUGCAGCUCUGUCACCAGGCUGCCGAGGACAUGAAGGAGGUCAUACAAGCAUGUUUCUGGCAGGGGAGGGAGUGCAAGUUGAUGGUCCACUACGAGAGCGGGUUCACGUUGAUGGACAACUCCAACCCCAACGAGUCGCAGUCCGACGUGCUGUGGAACUUCCCGUUCGAGCGCAUGCGGAUGUCCGCGGACGACGGGGUGGGCCGACUGUGGUUGGACUUCGGAGGGGCCGAGGGGGAACAGCAAUUGGACAUGUGCACAGGUCCGAAGCCUAUCGUCUUCAUCAUUCACAACUUCCUCUCCGCCAAGGUCACCAGGAUGGGACUCUUUGCAUGACCUUGACCCUUUCAGCAGAGGUCGGGAUCUGCCUGGGAAAAAUAUGCACCAACCACCCCUGUUCGCAAGUGGUUCGAUCCGUGCCAUGACGUUUUGGAUAAUAAGUCGGUAAAUUUGGACCAAUCAGAGGGUCCAGCAGAUUAGGUACAUUUAAACUUUGAGGGAAAAGCUGUCUGAAAUUGUUUGUCAGCAGUGCAAAAUAUUGUUCGUUGUUACUGUUCAAUUCGCAAUCGACCCAUAUGUUCAUCCUCAUAGCUUCGAAAAAUAGUCUGGGUUGAAUGUGAUUUAAAAUGGUGAGCUGUUUUGUUGGAAAUCGGAUCAAGGGUCUUGAUAUUUGAAAUUUUAGAAAAGUAAUUCACGAAUUAUAGGCAAUGGAGAAGUUGAAUUGAAGGGUUUCGGUCAUAGGAUCUUUUUCUAGAUUGUUCACAUUUUGAAUUGGUUGAUCUUUGCAAUACGAUGUAUAUUGAUAUUCUAUAUAAUGGCUGGCUUGUAAGCUAUUUCACAGUUCCUAGUGCCCAUGGGCAGUCAUGAUGCAUUGUGGUGUAAGGUCAAACUUCAAGGUCCCUGGUUCCUAUAGAUGAACCCGGUGUUUUAAACUCUGACCUUAGACCACAAUGCAUCAUGGCUGCACAUGGGCACUCAAAACCAUGAAGUGGCUUGUUGGAAUCUUGUUUAUGUGUUGGAAUGAUAACAGUUAUGAGAAAGAUUUACAUGUGAUGUUGUUAUGUAUGGAGUUUGGGGAAGGCACAUUUACUACAGUUUACUGGCUGGAGCACAGUCCUGUUUUUAGUUGAGUUGUGCAAGAUAUGCUUUGGAGGAAUUGUCACUAACACAAAUUGAGAGUGGUCACAGAAACAUAAUCUCCAGGCAUGCAGGUCCUACGAUGGCAUAAGAUAGUACUAAACUGGCCAAGAAGUAUCGUCAGCCAAGAGGUGUACAUUUGCCAUACACACUCCUAGGCCGGCUUCACUCCUCUGGCAUCUUUUGAUACUAUCUAGUAUCUUAUGCUACCGUAGGAUCUGCUUGGAGAUUAACAGAAACAUGCAACAUUCCAUUCAAUGUCAGUGAAAAAGUAGCCAUAUUUCCGUCUUUGCAUAUAUUGUAUAUGUUAUUAAUUUUUAUUGUUAAUUUGAUGUUUAGACACAUUCGUUAUUAUUUUAUAAUAGAUAAUUUGGUCGGUGGGUGAAAAGAAGGUAUAUUUUAGUUUGUAUAAUAUUUAACCUUACGAAUGUCAAGCAAUUUAGGCUUUAUAUAAUCGGCCCAUGACAUUUGUAGGGGUAAUUAAAUAAGAAUGUUAUUAGUUAUGUUGGGAAGGGUAUGUUUUUAUACUAAGUCUUCAUUACACAGAACUUUAGCAUUUACACAUGUCAA